CUCCGUUUGUCUUCAUCAACGCACCAUGAAAAGGAGAGAGAGAGAGAGGCGUUUGUAGAGAGAGGAGAGAAAGAGUGAUCCCAGAUAGAGAGGAGCGUUUGUAGGGAGAGGAGGAAUAGGGAUCCUAGAGAGAGAGAGGGGCUUUUGUAGAGAGAGAAGGGUUUUAAGAUGCUAUGUUCCGGUCGAAUUUUGGCGGGCUCAUACCAUACAACGCCAUUGUUUCUUCACAAUCACGCACUAUCGAACUCCAUAUUUCUUCAAGGAAAGCUCAAAUCGAACCUCAAAUGGCGAUCAUUGGCAUCGGAGCCUGAAUCUUCUUCGUUUGCACCUUCAACUGAAUAUGAUUCAACCGAUAAAAACGCCUCUGGCUUUUGUAUCAUUGAGGGACCUGAAACAGUUCAGAAUUUUUCACAGAUGGAACUACAAGAAAUUCAGGAUAAUAUUAGAAGUCGUCGAAACAAAAUUUUUUUGCAUAUGGAGGAGGUCCGCAGGUUGAGGAUACAACAGAGAAUCAAGAAUGCUGAACUUGGAAUCGUAAAGGAAGAGCAAGAAAAUGAACUUCCCAACUUUCCAUCAUUUAUUCCAUUUUUGCCUCCGCUGAACUCAACAAAUCUUAAGCAAUACUACGCUACAUGUUUUUCUCUUAUUGCUGCGUUUAUGCUUUUCGGUGGCCUCCUCGCACCUACUUUGGAACUUAAGUUGGGACUUGGAGGCACAUCAUAUGAAGAUUUUAUCCGUAGCAUGCAUCUGCCUAUGCAGUUGAGUCAGGUCGAUCCUAUUGUGGCGUCUUUCUCAGGAGGAGCAGUGGGCGUGAUCUCAGCCUUGAUGGUAGUUGAAAUAAACAAUGUAAAACAGCAGGAGGAUAAAAGAUGCAAAUACUGUGUUGGAACUGGAUAUCUUGCUUGUGCUCGUUGUUCAAGUACGGGAACACUGGUUCUUAUUAAACCAGUAGCAACAGUUAAUGGUGGGGAUCAACCUCUAUCACCACCUAAAACUGAGAGAUGUUCAAACUGUUCUGGCACGGGAAAGGUCAUGUGCCCUACAUGCCUCUGUACGGGGAUGGCAAUGGCAAGUGAGCACGACCCACGAAUUGACCCCUUCGAUUAGAAUUUUUUUUUUUUUUUUUUUUU